UUUUGUUUUUUGCCUCCCAGUUAAUAAUCUCUGUUUGUUCAAUCCAGUUGGACGCCAUGGCAUUGCCUGUAGAAGAGCUUACCCUUAAACAACUUCAACAAUUUCACAACAUUGAUCGCAUGGCUUAUUCUAGACUGGUUUUAACCCUCCGUUUCGACCCUUUCCCCUCCAUGAAGAUCGUUGCCUUUUGGAAUUUUCUUGAAAGAAUCGGCUUCAAACACUUCCUUCACAACCUUCUACAUUUCUCCGAUCCCAUGAUUUUUUCUUUAGCCAAAGAGACCCUCGUCUGCUUGGAAUGCUUGUUUUGUUCCCCGCAAGAAAUCUUCCCUUGGGUCCAUCUCGAUUUCCCGGAGAUGAACAAACUUGUUGGUCAAGAAAUCUUGCUGGGUUUUCUUUUCAAAAACAGGGAAACCGUUAAAGGGAUGAUUGAGGACUUCGUCAAGGACGUGUGCCAAGUAGCAUUUAUGGAUAUAGUUGAAGGAAACUUGGGUUGCAAGCCAUCUUCAAACCCUGACUCUGAAUUGGAUUCUCCAACUUCUGAUGAUGGGGGAGACAAUGGGGAGCUUUCCACAGACGAUGGUAAGGCCAGAGUUGAUUCAGAAGACAGAUCAUUGUUUAUGACAUUCUCUAGGGGACAUCCGGUUUCAAACCAAGAACUUCACGGUUUCAUUGUGGGGAAAUACGGCAAAUGUGUGGAGGCAAUCUAUAUGGAUAAAAACCCGAAGCGGUUGUUUGCUUGUGUCGUCUUAAGGUCACACUCUGACUUGUCUAGGAUUCUUGGGGGUCAGAAACUGGUGAAGUUCUUCAUUAAUGGCAAACAAGUUAGGGUUCGAAGAUUUGUCCCCAAAUGUAGGAAAUAG